AUGGCUGCUUCUAAAGUUCAACAAAAUUUUGAUUAUUUUCUUGUCCUAGAUUUUGAGGCAAAUGGGGACCAUAAAGUUAUAAAACCCAUGGAGAUAAUAGAAUUUCCCAUUUUGAAAGUAAAUGGUAAAACGUUCGAAAUUGAAUCAAUAUUUCAUCAAUAUGUAGAACCUGAAGUCAAUGAAAUUUGUGAUCUAUGUACAGAGAUCACUGGUAUAACUAGAGACAUGGUAAAAGGCAAACCUCACCUUAGACGAACUUUACAAUCUGUAGAUAAAUGGAUGGAAGAAGAAGGUUUAUUGAAGUCAGAAGUGAAGUCAGUAUUUGUUACUUGUGGUGAUUGGGAUUUAAAAACACAAUUACCAAGAGAAACUCAGUGGUUUAAUAUACCUUUACCUCAAUAUUAUAAUAAGUGGAUAAAUAUCAAAAAGCCAUUUCAGGAGAUGACUGGUAAAAAGGGUCACGGUAUGAAAACAAUGUUAAAAGAUUUAAAUUUAACACUAGAUGGUAGACAUCACAGUGGUUUUGACGAUACUAAAAAUAUAGCUAAAAUAUUGAAAUGUUUAGCUGAGAGAGGUUGUGUUUACAAAGUUACAGGACAACAUGACUGA